AUGGACAUUCACUGCUCGAAUAUCAAUCGUCAUUGGCAAAACAAACUAUGCUAUUUUCGCAAUUGUACAGAAAAACCUAAUAUAUGUACGGUAUACCCCGAUGCGGUUCGUAUUCUACUUGAUAAAGCCAAAGAAAAAGAGGAGGGUCACGUGUGGAAAGGUUAA